AAGAGGCGCCACUAGCCCCCAUUAUAUUACAAUACUCUUAUUUAUUAUAAUUGUUUGUUGACAUGGAGGCUCCUGGCAUAAAGUAAACCCGAACCUGAUCUUUUGUUGAUAAUAAUGUAGACAUUGUCAAUUGUUCAAAUGUUUCAAUCGUUGUUCAACAAUUUUGUGCCAUAACUUGUUGACAAUUAGUCUAAUCAACAACUGUUUCUAACCUCAUUCUGAUCAAGAUGACAGAUCCAUUACAGAAUUGGAGUCCGUAUGCCAAAGAAUACGAUCCUCUGAAAGCUGGCAGCAUCGACGGCACGGACACAGAACCGCAUGAUAAAGCUGUCAGCCGAGCAAUGCAAGCACAUUAUGAGCCUCCUCAUGGAUUGAAAUCUAAACCAGAAAGGACAUUAUUUGUAGCUAGAUUUGGUCCAAAGAUUACUAAACACGAUUUGAAAGAUUUUUUUUCUAGAUAUGGGGAUGUUUUAUCGGCAAAAGUCAUAGUUGACAUUGUAACAGGCCUAUCCCAAGGUUAUGGAUUUGUGGAAAUGAGAAACGAGGAUGAAGCUAGAAGGGCUGUCAGACGUUCGAUGGAUACAGCUUUAAGGGGCUACAAAAUUUUUGUUGAUUACGAAUGUGGUCGCACCAUGAAAGGCUGGAAACCGAGGAGGCUUGGCGGUGGUUUUGGCGGCAAGAAAGAAUCUGGACAGCUGAGAUUUGGAGGAAGAGACAGACCUUUCAAAAAACCAAUUGUUCCUAAUAUUAUAAGACACCAUAAAUAAACUAGCUUUCUAUCGUACUUUAAAAUAAAUGAAAUUUAUAUAUUUAUAACAAUAAGUUAAAUUAUAGAAAAUGUAGUUUGAGAAACAUUUCCUUAUUCUA